AUGGCAUUUGAGAUUUCUCGUAUGUCCGAGGUGGAAGCCAAAGCUGGACGCCUUGUUGAAUUGAGACACCCAAAUGUGGUCUUCAAUGGUUGCUCUGCUCACACUAUGAAUUUGCUACUGAAAGAUAUGUUCAAAAGUGAGUUUUUUGCGAACGUCUUAAAAAAAGCUGUGAAGUUGGUAACAUUUGUACGGGCACGACACCUCCUUCUGGACCGAGUUCGUGCCAAGCGUCGGGCUCUUCCAAAGAGAGCAAAGAUUGGGGAGCUGUCGGCUCCGCUCAUGCUGCAUUAUGCUGACGCAGCAGCUGCUCAAAAACGCAACGAUGUUGUAGACAUACUGCAAGACAAGCAGUUCUGGGCUAGUGCAAAAAUCGCUGUUCGACUGACCAAGCCUGUCACGCGCGCGCUCGCCAAUUUUGAAACUGAUACAUGUUCCAAUUCGAUGAUUCUGCACGAGUUUGAGCGAUUAAAGCACACAGACGUGUACACGGCUUCUAUUCCCGGCCUCACCGACCCAUCUUUCAUCACUCCACCUUCCAACUCAACAAGAAUCGCAUACUUACUGGACCCAUCCAAGGACACUUCUGUUUUUAUUGGCGACAGUAUGCGCGAUACAGUUGCAGGUGCUCUAGCUUUCGCUUGGAGUUACUGGACUUUAUUGGCAUGA